CUGAAAAACAUUAUUGACAGACAGGCAUCAGUCGAGCUCCAUAUUUUCAAUUUGAUUUUUAUAUCACCUUUUCGCCUUCCAUCAGUCAGACUGAACAAUGGCAAACUGUCUUCGUUUCUAUCCGUUGUCUAUCUACCUGGCAACCCCCGUCGUUAUAGUUUCUUUCUAUUUCACGUUUGUUUUGAACACUGCGACGUUUAGCUCGCGAGAGAAUCUCGAACAAGUCGCGACAGCGUGGAAAUACAACGACGUACUACGACGUCAACUCUUCGAGAAGAGGUUCGACAAAGCGUGGGCGUUAGCAGCGAGUUUGACGGCCAGCGUGACAAACGAAAACGAGAAAGAAUCGAGAAGAUUAUCCAACACACGCGACCUUCGACCGGCAAGCGACACUGAUCUAGAUACCGAAGAAUUGACCGAAGUUCGGCCUUUUGAAUCAAAAGCUGACAGAAUGCGAUUUUUCUUGAUGGCCGUGCCGCAUGCCGGAGGAUCGCAGCUUCUCAACUUGUUUGUAAGCCAAACAGCAAAAUACAAUAAAGUAAAUUGGUGCGUGAACGAGGUGUGGAGAAAGCCGUCGACUCUCGACCACGUGUGCGAGCGGAUGCCGUCGGAAGUGCACGAGACCGUCAGGCAGGUGCAGGAGAGAUUCGGAGAGGAACUGUGCGACGGCAUCCGUAUGAAUUGGGACUUUAGUCUCGUCGACGUCGCGCUCUUGUUCUCUCGGAAGCGUUUCUUGCUCGUGACGGUGUUGCGGCAUCCGGUUUAUCGCAUCGUUAGCGCCUACUAUGGCUCCGCUGCUCGCAAGGUCGUCUCGCUGCGAGAGUUUGCAAUCAGUGAGAAAGCUUACUUUCAAAAGUAUGGCUACAGGAAUCAUCAAGUGAAGCAGUUGGCGGGUGUGCUGUUGGGCUGCUCGCAGUACAACGUCGAUGAGAAGGCAUAUAUUAGUGAGAAUUUAUUGUCUAUUGCUAAGAGAAAUAUUGAGUUAUUUGAUGUCAUUGGAAUUUAUGAAAGGAUGUCGGACACUUUGAAAUAUUUUCAGUACAAAUUCAAAUGGAACAACGACACGACUGAGGAGGAUGUAUACACUGAACUGCUAGACUCUACGAGAAUGUAUGAUUUUAGGAAUUUGCUGGUCGAAGAGUAUGAAUUUAUAGCAGAUGCUAAUAGAGAAGAAAUGGAACUUUACAGAUACGCCGUUACUCUUUUUGAUAAGCAGCUAGAAAUAUUUCAACGCAAUACUAAUUUUAAUUAAUUAGAUAAUUUUUAGCUAAAAAAUUUAUUUAUUAACUUAAGUUUAGAGAGUGUGUCAUAUUGCUCAACAUCAUAGCAACA